GCUCAUUCCCCCAAACAAAUCACAUCACCAACCACCAAACUUUGAGGAGGAUCAAUGAACAUGUCCCAACUUCUUCUUUCUCAAAGUGUUCUCUUCUUCCUCCUCUGCAUCUCUUGCUCUGUCUCCCCUCUAAACCUCCAUGGAGAUCAGAUCAUCGGCAGCUCAUCACGACCUGCAGACCCAUCUCCACUUCCCGGCAGCUUCCUCUUCGGAACUUCCUCUUCAUCUUACCAGUUUGAAGGAGCUUACAAUAGUGAUGGGAAGGGUCCGAGUAACUGGGAUGUUUACUCUCACAAAGAAGGAAACAUAAUAGUGGACGGAAGUAAUGGAGACGUUGCUGUGGACCACUAUCACCGUUAUCUGGAAGACAUAGGAUUAAUGGUGGGCCUCGGGGUGAACAGCUAUCGGUUCUCAAUUUCAUGGGCACGAAUUCUACCCAAAGGGAGAUUUGGAGGCAUAAAUAUGGAUGGAAUUGACUACUACAACAAGCUCAUUGACGCUCUCCUGUCAAGAGGUAUUCAACCAUUUGUGACAUUGAAUCACUUUGAUAUCCCACAAGAACUUGAAGACAGAUAUGGAGGUUGGCUCAGUCCUCUCUCCAGACUGGAUUUCCGAUACUUCGCGGAUAUAUGUUUCAAAUACUUUGGUGAUCGGGUGAAGCACUGGAUCACCUUCAAUGAGCCGAACCUCCUGACUAUUCUCGGGUACCGGAAAGGUGAAUUCCCACCUUCCCGUUGCUCCAGCCAGUUCGGAAACUGCACUACUGGUGAUUCAGACAAGGAGCCAUUCAUAGUAGCCCACAACUUAAUCUUAUCCCAUGCAGCUGCAGCUUACACAUACAGGAAAAAGUAUCAGAAAGCUCAAAAAGGUACCAUCGGAAUCGUGUUACAUGCAGCAUGGUUUGAGCCAAUCAGCGACUCUGUAGAAGAUAAAUUAGCCUCUGAGAGAGCUUUGUCGUUCUUUAUGAAUUGGUUUUUGGACCCGAUAAUAUUUGGUAGAUACCCGAGAGAGAUGGUCGAGAUACUGGGCAAUACUUUGCCUCAAUUCUCAGGAAAGCAGCUGGAGAAAUUACGGAGAAGCGGUUUGGAUUUUAUUGGGGUAAACCACUACACGAGUCACUACGUCCAAGAUUGCCUCUUCUCUGACUGUAAUGAGCCCGGAAAAGGAGCAACUUGGUCUGAAGGUUAUUACUGGCAGACCUCAAUUGGGCAAACCACCAACUUGCCGUGGCUAAAUAUAUUCCCCGAAGGGAUGGAGAAAAUGGUCAACUAUAUCAAGGAGAGAUAUAACAAUACACCGAUUUAUAUUACAGAGAAUGGUCUUGGUGAAUUGGAGGACCCGAAACUCAGGAAGGACGUAUCUCUUCAAGAUGUGAAAAGAGUGGAGUAUAUGGAGGGGCACCUAAAUUCUCUUAUUAAAGCUGUGAGGAAUGGAGCGGAUGUGAGGGGCUACUUUGCAUGGUCCCUGCUUGACAAUUUCGAGUGGAACUUCGGGUACACAGUUAGGUUUGGGCUUCACCACGUGGACUACAAGACGAUGAUGCGAACUCCCAGACUAUCAGCGAGUUGGUAUAGAGAGUUCAUCACAAAACACAAGAAGAUGCAUAUGGUCACAUCUUCAGAUAACCUGGAAAAGAGCUGGUACUAGACAACUCAUCGCGUUACUUGUCUUACCAGCAGUAGCAAAGGCCAAAAGGUUAAAUACUUAAUGGGUAGUUAACGUGGUAGAGAGCAAAUACGAGCAUGGAUAAGUUUACUUGGUCGUCUUUAGAUCGAGAAGACGGUUAUCAUAAAGCUCAAGUGUGAUGUAGAGUGUGGUGUAGAGGCAUAUGAAUAUCUAUCACCAGAUAUGUAUGUUCUACUUAAAGCUAAGCUUCUAAUUUCAUGAAACUAUGACCAGUCUUCUGGCUUAAUUUCUCAUUUCUGGUCUUCAAGAUAUGAAGAUCUAUUUUCUAUAUAUAUGAAAAAGAUGAAGCCACUUCGUGUGUUUUCACAAUGUGUGUUUUCACACAUACUAAUAAUAGAGAGACAAUUUGUGCC